ACAGUUGUUUGCGUAGCUCCGUUGGUCCCAUCUUAGCUUCAUUGUAAUCAGAGCGGAGAGGAAAGAGAACUCGUUCAUAUUACAGCUGCUGUUUCAGCGGUGUCUGUGGUGAUGGACCCUCCCGGCUGGCGAGACGAGCGUCAUCGUCAAGCGGAGCGGCUUCGACGGGAGGAGGCAUACUAUCACUUUAUUAAUGAACUUAGUGAGGAGGAGUACAGACUGAUGAGAGACAGCAAUCUCCUGGGAACACCUGGUGAAGUCACAGCAGAGGAGCUGAGGCAGCGCCUGGAUGGUGCAAAGGAGCGUGUGUCAUCUCAGCCACGCCCCGAACCACGCCCACAAAACAGUGAGGCAGAGGGCAGCAGCGGUGCUGUUGAGCCAGGUGCAGAGACGUCUAACGGGGAUUCCCUACUGGAAUGGCUGAACACGUUCCGGCGCACAGGAAAUGCCACCCGCAGCGGGCAGAGCGGAAACCAAACAUGGCGUGCUGUCAGCCGUACAAACCCCAACAGCGGCGAGUUCCGCUUUAGCCUUGAGAUUAACAUCAACCACGAGCAGCCUGAACCUGGAGAACACAGUGACACGAUCGAUCCCACCGAACUCCCAAUGCCUCCUCCCCCACCAUCAUCUGCCCCGGCCCCAUACAGCCCCUCACGGUCUGCACCUUAUUCGCUUCAACACCCGACGCCGUAUCCUACAACCAGACCCACUUUGGGAAGGAGAGCUGCGGUCCGCCGCACACGUAGUACUGCGGCUCCCCCUGUAACGCCAUCGUUGACCUCACAAGCUCCUCCUGCGGUCCUCAGAAGGAACCUGCCUUCUUUGCCAAGCUCUCCCCCUCCACAGGCUCCACUCUUAAAUCCAUCCCAAGAGCAGGAUAGUGGUGCUGUACGGAGUCAAAUACAGGUCACAACCUCUUCGGUUCAUGCAGGGGAGGGGCAGAAUGGGAAUGAAGACCCUGACUGCCCCAAUGCUCAGUCUGGCUCCCAAGUAGAGUCAGCCGGCAGGGAGCCACGAAACAGUAGGACUCGUUCCCGAGGUCGUGUGCGCAGAGCAACAGGAACGGGAGGUGCACGCUCCUCCAGACGCAGUCGAUCCCCCCUAGACAGAAAUCCCACUUCUAGUAGUAGCCCCACCCAUAGUAACAACACGACCCCAGUGGAGUCCCGUGGAAGUACGGCGGUUGCUGUGGAGAUGGGAGAGGCCGUUGUAGAGCCAGCCGCUCCAGCAGGUCCUCUCCCUGAAGCAGGUGAGGAAGAGGGGGAGACACCUGCGGCAGGUGGUGGAGGGGUGCGACGCCACCCUACAAUCAUGCUGGAUCUUCAAGUGCGCCGUAUCAGGCCAGGGGAGAACCGUGACAGGGACAGCAUUGCCAGUCGUACUCGUUCUCGGGCCAGAGCCGCUGAGAACACAGUUACCUUUGAGAGCGACAGCGGUGGCUUUCGGCGAACCAUUUCCCGCUCCGAGCGUGCAGGAAUCCGAACUUACGUCAGCACUAUACGCAUCCCAUUGCGCCGUAUUUCGGAAACGGGCCUGGGCGAGCCUAGCUCAACAGCGCUGCGCUCCAUCUUGCGCCAGAUCAUGACCGGCUUCGGUGAGCUUAGUUCUCUCAUGGAGACGGAAGCCAAUUCAGAGGCUCCUGCGCCCAAUCAUGAGUCCGCUCUGGGUGCCGGAGGCCAGGCAUUCCGUGUCAACGGCAACGAGGGCGGUGCGGCCCACGUUGGAGUGGAAUCGGCACAAGAAGGUUUAGUUGAGGCUGAGGAGGAAGGCCAGGUACGAGUGAACAGAACUGGGACAGAAGGACGGCCUAACAGCAGAGACACAAACAAUCUGGUGGAGAACGGCACGUUGCCCAUCUUGAGGCUGGCACACUUUUUCCUUCUCAAUGAAGAUGAAGAUGAGGAACACCCACGGGGCCUAACCAAAGAACAGAUCGACAAUCUGGUCACACGCACUUACGGUCAGGUCAACCUGGAGGGCGAGCAGGGCCGUGCUUGCAGCGUGUGCAUCAAUGAGUAUGCGCAAGGCAACAAGCUGCGCCGCUUGCCCUGCGCCCACGAGUUCCACAUCCAUUGCAUUGAUCGCUGGCUAUCUGAAAACAACACCUGCCCCAUCUGCAGACAGCCUAUUCUGUCCAGCCACCAAGAAUGAUGUCAGGCGCUCGCUAUCAAUCAACAGACUGAAGGACUGGCAUCACGGUUGGUGGUGUCUGUAUAUAGUGCUUCAAUGUUUUCAUUCUCUGAGAUCCAUUGUAUUCAAGCUCAAGGUAGAAACCAAAAGCAGAAAAAGACUAUAAUGCAGAGAUUUAACAAAUCUUUAUUUUUUUAGACUCCUCUUGUUUUCUGCACUUGCUGUCAUCUUCCAUUCUUGCUCCUUUGUGGACAUUUUAUUAACAGGCAUUGAGACUAACGCUAAAGCAGAUUUUGGUGGCUUAAAAAAGGAAUUCUACAGCUAGACCUUUCAAAACUCUGAGGACGUGUACAUAUAUGAAUGUCUGUGUUUUGGUUUUAAAAUUGAGGCAUCUAGGAAGAAACUCGGUUAAUUAGCAUUUUAAAAAGAAAUGUUUGCUUUUAAGCGCUUGCUGCAGAAUUCACCAGUUUGAAGCUCUUAUGACAAAAUCAUCCAUUUAAAUGCUCUUGGGCAGAUUUCUUUUCAUGCUUUUUCAAUCAAAGCAGGUUUAAGUGUGAUUUGUAUGAAUUCGAUAAGCAGAGUAUGGGAUACAUACGGUCAUAGAUCAUUUUUGUCACUGUGGUUUCUCUGUGAUUCCAGAUUUAUAAGGAUGAAUCUUCAUGAAAUUCCAGUGCGUGCAUCUGCGUAUUUAUGUGAAGGGAAACAGCAAUCGUCAUUUCCACCAACACUAAAUAACACAAUAUUUUAAUUUAAAAGGGUCAUUGUCACUAUGGACUGAAUAUGCUUUCCAGUGUCAUGACAUUUCUAAUGAGAACAAGCCAUUUGCGUUUGAACUACAGAUUUGGAGUGAAAAUGGGAUUAUAUGAUAUAUUGUAUGAUCUAAGUGCAUGCUUGAGUUGUCUUUGGUUUACCUGCGUAUAUACAUGAUAAAGCCCAUCGACAUCCAGCACACAGCUCAUGAUGUUUUCAUGUCAAGUGAUAAUCAAUUUUAGAUUUUUGUCCUAAUUCCUAAAGCACUUGUCACCAACUGCCCUAAGGGGCAGUACAUUCAAGCCUGUCACUGGCCAGACUUCUUCCAUGUUGAUUGAUAUAAGGAAAUGAAGACUUGAACGGGCAAUGAAAGAUAUUGAAUGAUGAUUAAAUACUAAGCAUACUUCUGUUUGUUAUUUAAGAUUUUUAGCUUUGUAUCUCACACACGUCACUGUCCUUCCUCUACCCACAAGAACGUAUUGAAGUACGGUUUCCCCUAUGGCCUUGUCUGAAAGCUCAGUCUCCGCCAAGUCACCUUUACGUACUGUUUAUGCAGUGCUGCUUGUUUACCACAUAGGACGGUGUGAAACAGGAACUCUGAAUGGAUGUUAAUGAAUGUAGUGGUACCUUUUUUCUUUUAAAGGUAUACUUAUCCUUCAUGUACAAUAGAUGUCUGCUUAUCUCGAUUAAAACAAUGACAGGGUGACUUCUGUUAUCAAACAACUGGGCUUCAUGUUUGUGUUUUUCUCGUAUACAAAAAAAUCCCUUUAUUUUGUCUAUAUGUUCAAGUUGUGAGGAUGAUGUUACAUAAAAAGUGUGAAUAGUAAGAGUGCGUGUAGCAAAUGUGUAUGUAUAUUUCUGUUGGGAGCUAAAUGGAAUAGAAUGGGUUUAUUUGAGAGGGGAUCUUUGGCCAUGAAGUUUAGAUAUUUAAUAAUGAAAAAUUGACAUCAUUGAACUAUGACUAUGUAUUAUGUUAUAAUGUGAUGCUAAGAACAGAGGAAUAUGUAUUCUGUUAUUAUGUAAUAUAAUAAAACAUUGAUUUUUCUUCUCCGUUCCCUAA